GUGGCGCACGCGCAGUGUCCCCGGGCCAAGAUGGCGGCGCGGUGCUCCACACGCUGGCUGCUGGUGGCUGCGGGGACCCCUCGGCCUCCGGCUGCAGCAGGGAGAGGGGCCCGUCCGCCCAGGGGGGUCGUGGUGGGGGCGUCUCUGGGCCGCAAGCUGAGCGUUACCGCCUUCGCGCCUUCACUGGGAGCUCGCGGCCCUGGGGUGCUACUGACAUUGAGACCCGGUGUCAGCCUCACAGGAGUACAAUGUUACCCUUUUGUUUGUACUGCCUCCUUCCACACGAGCACCCCUUUGGCCAAAGAGGAUUAUUACCAGAUAUUAGGAGUGCCCCGAAAUGCCAGCCAGAAAGAGAUCAAGAAAGCCUAUUACCAGCUUGCCAAGAAAUAUCACCCAGACACAAAUAAGGAUGAUCCCAGAGCCAAGGAGAAGUUCUCCCAGCUGGCAGAAGCCUAUGAGGUGCUGAGUGAUGAAGUGAAGAGGAAGCAAUAUGACACCUAUGGCUCUACUGGUUUUGAUCCUGGGGCUGGUGGCUCUGGGCAGAGCUACUGGAAAGGAGGCCCCACUGUUGACCCAGAGGAGCUCUUCAGGAAGAUCUUUGGGGAAUUCUCUUCAUCUUCUUUUGGAGAUUUCCAGAGUGUAUUCAGUCAGCCUCAGGAGUACAUCAUGGAUUUGACAUUCAAUCAAGCUGCCAAGGGUGUCAACAAGGAGUUCACUGUGAACAUCACUGAUACCUGUGAGCGGUGUGACGGAAAAGGGAAUGAGCCUGGCACCAAGGUGCAGCACUGCCACUAUUGCGGCGGCUCUGGCAUGGAAACUAUAAAUACAGGCCCUUUUGUGAUGCGUUCCACGUGUCGGAGAUGUGGCGGCCGAGGCACUAUCAUCACAACUCCUUGUGUGGUGUGCAGAGGAACAGGACAAGCCAAGCAGAAGAAGAAAGUGGUUAUCCCUGUGCCGGCUGGAGUCGAGGAUGGACAGACUGUGAGGAUGCCUGUAGGAAAAAGAGAAAUUUUCAUCACGUUCAGGGUGCAGAAAAGCCCUGUGUUCCGGAGGGAUGGCGCAGACAUCCACUCUGACCUCUUUAUUUCUAUAGCUCAGGCUAUUCUGGGGGGGACAGCCAGAGCCCAGGGCCUGUAUGAGACAAUCAAUGUGACGAUCCCCCCUGGGAUCCAGACAGACCAGAAGAUUCGGAUGAGUGGGAAAGGCAUUCCCCGGAUUAACAGUUACGGCUAUGGAGAUCACUACAUUCACGUCAAGAUUAGAGUUCCAAAGAGACUGACAAGUCGGCAACACAGCCUGAUGCUGAGCUACGCUGAGGAUGAGACUGAUGUGGAGGGGACCGUGAAUGGCGUCACCAAUACAAGCACUGGUGGCAGCACCAUGGAUAGCUCCACAGGAGGCAAGGCUAGGCCUGAGGAUGGGGAGGACAAGGAGGGAUUCCUUUCCAAACUUAAGAAAAUGUUUACCUCCUGAUACCCAGGUGAGGAAAACGGUCCACUGGAAACUAGGCCAGGAGCCGCAGCCCCUCCUCGUGGCCAGGGCACCUUGGAGACUGGAAGAUUCCAGAACAGCAGUAUCGAGCCCUGCCUGCAGAGGCCCUCUGGACCACCUUGGCAACAGCAAAAUCAUGUGACAACACACCUUUCCACAGAAUGGUCAUGGUGGACAGCUCCUGGGCAGUAAGGUGUGGCAUGCCUAAGGGCUGGUAGGUUUCUUGUCCAUGGGUAGGUAACUUGGCCUCUUCUGGCUCAGAGUAAGACAUCUGGACACUUCUUGAAAUUAGAGCCAAAACUUUAAUUUGGAAUGAACUGUGGUGGAAAUCUUAGUAAAGAAUUAAAGGCCAUGCUUACAGCUUAAAAAUGAAGCCUGAAACUGCACCAAGUUGUGAAGUGAUUAAUUUCCCUCUCAUUAAACCUCUGGGAGGUUCUGGAAUGAGUCUUUUCUGACAUGUUGUCUUUUCCAGGAACUUGGGGCCUAUAAGCCCCACCAGCAUCACCCACCCCUCAGUAGAGGCACCCUUUGCUUUUCUUGGAGUUUAAUUCCCAAGGGUACCAAGCAGCUAAAACAUGGGGGCCGUGAUCUUUAUCAGUCCUCCCUCCCACCCCACCCGGGUGGCCUCUUGUCCGUGGCUGUGGAGCUCUGGUGUUUGAAGCCAGGCCUGGGUGGGACUCUGCCUGUCUAUUGGACCACGGGCCUCCCUGGCCACAGCCUGGCUGACGGCUUCCUUGUGCUAGAGCCUACCCCCACUGCCAGCCACAGCUUGGUUCUCAUCACUAACUACACUGUUGACACCUAUUUCUAGAAAUGUGUUUAAAUGAUUUAAUGCUAAGAAUCAUCGUCUUUUCCUGUAUAAACAUUUGUUCAGAAAAGGAAAAUACAGUGUAAGCAGUUGAAGGCUCUUUACCAUCUGGCCAGAGCAAAACAGUUUCCCCAACCUCAGCCUUUAGGAUGUAUAGAUUCCAUGUGUUUCCAGACCCUCCCAUUGGUAAGAGGCUAAUGGAGAACAUUUCUGAAUAGUUUUCUUUUUGUUUUCCUUCAUAAUUUACUAAAAUAAAGCAUCUAUUAGUGUCUGAUCUAUGAAUGUAAAAUGAUUCUGUAUCCAUGUAAAAGAUUAUCAACUGCAAAGAGAUAUUUAAAACCUA